AUGGGUGAUAAGAAGAAGUACAAGAAACAGAAACUAAUGGAUUCAGAGGCUGAACGAGUGGCAGAGGUUGCAGAGGAAAGCUUAAGAGAGCACCCUCAUCCUGAACAGCCACAGAAGAUGGAAUUCCAUGAUGGAGGUGAGUUCAAAGGCGUUGAAAGACACAACACUUCAGCACAUCUGGCCGAGAAACUCGAGGAUGGCCCUAAAAACCCCUUCACUGGUGAAGAACUAUCUCAGAAAUACUUUGAUAUUUUGAAGGUCAGAAGAGAUUUGCCUGUGCAUGCCCAGAGAGAUGAGUUCUUGAAGACUUUUCAAAGCACUCAGAUCAUGGUGUUUGUUGGUGAAACCGGUUCCGGUAAAACAACUCAGAUUCCUCAGUUUGUGCUUUAUGAUGAUAUGCCUCAUCUCCACGGUAAGAUGGUCGCUUGUACUCAACCUAGAAGAGUUGCUGCUAUGUCUGUGGCAAAGAGAGUGGCAGAUGAAAUGGAUGUGCAGCUUGGUGACGAGGUCGGUUACCUGAUCAGAUUUGAAAAUAAGACUUCUCCAAAGACCAUGCUUAAGUAUAUGACUGAUGGUAUGCUUUUGCGUGAAGCAAUGGAAGAUCACGACUUGCUGAAAUAUUCAUGUAUCAUGCUAGACGAAGCUCACGAGCGUACAUUGGCUACUGAUAUCUUGAUGGGUCUUUUGAAGCAGGUCACUGCCCGUAGACCUGACCUCAAGCUUAUUAUUAUGUCUGCUACUUUGGAUGCUGAAAAGUUCCAGCAAUACUUCCAUAAUGCUCCACUUCUCGCUGUGCCUGGUCGUACCCACCCCGUCGAGAUCUACUACACACCAGAGUUCCAAAAGGACUACUUGGACGCUGCUAUAAGAACCGUCUUGCAAAUUCACGCUACAGAGGAUGAGGGUGAUGUCCUUCUAUUCUUGACAGGUGAAGAAGAGAUUGAAGAUGCAUGCAGAAAGAUCCAGCUUGAAAGUGAUGAAUUAAUUCGUGAACAGGGAUGUGGCCCCGUGAAGGUGUACCCAUUGUACGGUUCCUUGCCUCCUCAUCAACAACAGAAGAUCUUUGAGCCUGCUCCAGAAAAUCAUAGACCGGGUGGAAGACCUGGUAGAAAGAUUAUUAUUUCUACCAACAUUGCUGAAACAUCUCUUACCAUUGAUGGUAUUGUCUAUGUUGUUGAUCCAGGUUUCUCGAAACAAAAGGUCUAUAACCCACGUAUUAGAGUUGAGUCAUUGCUUGUCUCUCCAAUUUCCAAAGCUUCUGCACAGCAAAGAGCUGGUCGUGCUGGUCGUACGCGGCCUGGUAAGUGUUUCAGGUUGUAUACUGAAGAAGCUUUCAAGAAAGAAUUGAUUGAGCAGUCUUACCCUGAAAUUUUGCGUUCUAACUUGGCAUCCACCGUGCUUGAACUUAAAAAAUUGGGUGUUGAUGACUUGGUUCAUUUUGAUUUCAUGGACCCACCAGCACCAGAAACCAUGAUGCGUGCUCUUGAAGAGCUCAACUACCUUCAAUGUCUUUCUGACGAGGGUGAUUUGACUGCCUUGGGUCGUCUUGCAUCCAACUUCCCUCUUGACCCAAUGUUGGCUGUCAUGUUGAUUGGAUCUCCAGCAUUCAAAUGUUCAGAGGAGAUUCUUUCGAUUGUUGCCCUCUUAUCUGUUCCAAAUGUGUUUGUGCGUCCAGCAUCUGCUAGAAAGAGAGCCGACGAAAUCAAGAUGUCCUUUGCCCAUGCUGAUGGUGACCACUUGACUUUGCUUAAUGUCUACGAAGCAUUCAACUCUGACGAAGCAUACGAAAUCGGUUUGCACCAAUGGUGCAGAGACAAUUUCUUGUCAUACCGUUCACUCACGUCUGCUAACAAUGUGCGUUCUCAGUUGCGUCGUCUUAUGGAACGUUACGAUCUCGAGCUCAACCUGACGCCUUUCGAAGACCGUAGUUACUGGGACAAUAUCAGAAAGGCGCUCGUUGCCGGUUUCUUUAUGCAAGUUGCAAAGAAGAAGAGCGGUAACAAGGGUUUCAUCACCGUCAAGGAUAACCAGGACGUUUUGAUCCACCCAAGCACGGUCCUCGCUAAGGAAAACGAAUGGGUUAUCUACAACGAGUUCGUGCUUACAUCUAAAAACUACAUUCGUACGGUGACAAACGUGCGCCCUGAGUGGUUGGUGGAGUUGGCUCCAAAGUACUACAACUUGAGCCAUUUUUCCAGAGGCGAUGUGAAGCUUUCAUUAGAAAGAAUCAUUGGCAAACAGUAA